GGAAUGUGAAAACGUAGAGCACACGCGUGAAGUCGAAACAUGCAAUAUUUUGGCUUUGGUUACAAUGGAUUUGGACAACUUAUACAGCAGUCAUCCUUACAUGUCACAGCUAUCGAUACUGCUGUGAAAAUUAUGAAUGAAAGCACUUUGGGGGAUGACGCUGUCGAAAAUGAUGUUUCCAUGGUAACAUCUAACUGGAGUUCGAUAAGUAUAUGCAAAGGACAAGAAGUUCAUUUACAAGGGUUUAUUCAUGGGAAAAGGAAUCAGAAAAAAUCCUACAGUAGCGCUGUUCCUGUCCUUGAUAUUCUACUCACAGAAGAGGAUUUGUUUAUACUGAUGAAUGAUGGGAAAUCAUGCAAAGUAAUCAAAUAUACAUCAACUUUAGUGGAGGAUAAAAUUAUGCAAAUAAGACGUUUGAAAAAUAGUGAAGGUGAUGUCUUUGAGGAGACUGGAUUACAACAGAUUACGUAUGGUGAUACUCACAUGGUUGCAGUCACAGGUCGAAAUGAAGCUGGUGAGCUUGAGAUAAAAGAUGAUAGUUACAUGAUAUUCAAACCUUUUAUUACUAAUAUUAUUGUGAAGCAGGUUAGCUGUGGUAUCGGAGAUUUAUAUAUGUGGGGAUGGAACGAAUCAGGACAACUUGGUCUACCCAUGAAAGACCCACCAGGAAAUGAUACAGAACGUAAAUUUGGUAUGCUAGGGCUGCCCAAUAAAGACCCCCCUAAUAAAGAAAAAGAAACAUGCCCUGAUUCAGAUACCAAGAAGCAUUCUACAGACAAUGAAAUAAAAAAAGAUGAAUAUGAAAAGACACAGUGUUCAGAAAAUGCUCCCAAUGUGAAAGAGGAAGAAAUGACAGUAACCUAG